CUCUCUCUCUCUCUCUUUCCCGCAACUAAAGCCGAGAAUAAUACAUAAUACCAUGGUUGUGACUGAGCACCACGAUGUCAAGAUUGCCGUUAUCGGUGGAUCUGGUCUUUACAACCUUGAAGGUCUUGAGCUUGUCGAGGAAGUUAACCCCGAGACUCCUUGGGGAUUCCCUAGUGACAAGAUCAUCAUCUCCAAGUUGCCCAGUGGCACCAAGAUUGCUUUCUUGCCUCGUCAUGGCCGUGGUCAUUACCUGACUCCCACCGAAGUCCCUGUGCGCGCCAACAUUGCUGCGCUCAAGCACCUCGGUGUCGAGGCCAUCCUGGCCUUCUCUGCUGUCGGUUCCUUGCGCGAGGAGAUCCCUCCUUGCGACUUUGUCUUGCCUGACCAGCUGAUUGACCGCACUCGUGGACUUCGCGAGGCCACUUACUUUGGCAAUGGUGUUGUUGCGCAUGCCGGCUUUGCGGAUCCCUUCCACGCCGGUAUUGCCGAGCUUGUCUAUGCCCACAAGGACAUCCUUGACUUUGGCGCCAAGCUGCACAACAAGAAAACCGCGGUCUGCAUGGAGGGACCUGCGUUCUCGACUCGCGCCGAGUCUCACAUGUACCGCUCCUGGGGAGCCGACAUCAUCAACAUGUCUGCCUUGCCCGAGUCCAAGCUGGCCCGCGAGGCCGAGAUUGCUUACCAGAUGGUCUGUAUGUCGACUGACUAUGACUGCUGGCGCGUCGAGGAAGAGGCCGUCACGGUCGAGACUGUGAUGCAAAACAUGGUCAACAACGGUGCCAAUGCAAAGAAGCUCCUGAUGGCCGUCUUGCCAGCCCUGGACAAGGCUGUGCGUGAGAACACUCUCAAGCCUGACCUCAAGGGUAGCAUGAAGUUCUCUGGCAUGACUGCUAAGGAGAAGAGAAAUCCCGAGACCGUCAAGAAGCUUGACUACAUUCUUCCCGGUUAUUAUUAAAAAAAAAAGAAGUUAAAAAGAAAAUGAAUAAGAAGAAAAAGUGUACGAUUGAUUUGUAUAUUUCUUUCUUUCUUUUUGUAAACAUGAAUUGACUUUAGUCAAGAAAACAUCGAUUCAUCCAUUCAUUCAUUCAUCUAUCCAUUCUUACCUAUCUCUGUGUAUGUGUAUUUGAGUGGACGUGUAAAAUUUAUAUAUAUAUAUAUUUAUAACAGUGAUAGUAAUAAAAUAUUAAAGAAAGAAGGAAAGAACCUCUUGUAGGUUGUCUUUUUUUUUUCUAUGUAUUUUCUUUGUCUUUGUCUUAUUUUAUAUAUAAACAAAUUGGAAUGGAAUGGAAUGU